AAGAACCAAAGGAGGAAACAUAAUGACCAAUAUAAUAUAUGUUAGACAUGAGGCUUCUGAUGAUGAAUCUGAAAUUGGUGAUUCUCCAUCUGAAACUGUUAAGUUAAACUGUUUUGGUUAUCCAGUUCAAUCACCAUUGGCAGCAGCACCCAAUAAGGAAGAGAUAGAGGUCAAAGUAAAUCUUGAUGAUGUUGCUGUUGUUGAGAGUGAAAAUCAAGAGUUAACUCCAUUUUUAGUGGGUAUACCAAGAAGAAGAUCAAUUUCUACAAGGGUUAACAAAAAUCUUCCAAACAAUUUACAGGGAGAACAAGUUGCUGCUGGCUGGCCUAUUUGGCUUGUUUCUGUUGCUUCUGAGGCUAUACAUGGUUGGACUCCUAUUCCAGCUCACACAUUUGAGAAGCUUCAUCAGAUUUCUCGGGGAGCUAGAAGUGAAGUACAUAAAGCUAAAGAUACUGCAACCGGUAAAAUUGUGGCAUUAAAAAAGGUUCGAAUUGAUAAAUUCGAUUCCGCGAGUUUACGCUCAAUGGCUAGACAGCUUAUAAUCUUGCGCCGGUUGGCUCAUCAUCCCAAUAUUAUUAAAUUGGAAGGUUUGGUAGUAUCUUCGAAGAACAAAAGGUACUGUAAGUUGCAGCUUGUAUUUGAGUAUAUGGAACAUAGCUUGUCUGAUCUGGCUACAAGCCGUGGAAUCAAGUUUACGGAGACUCAGGUGAAAUCAUAUAUGCAUCAACUGUUGUCUGGACUUGAACACUUUCAUGGCCAUGGAGUCUUACACCGGAACCUCAAUGGCUCGAAUCUCUUGAUUGACAAUGAGGGAAGACUCAAGAUUGCUGGUUUUGGAUCCGCUUUAUUCUUUGAUCCUAAAAAUGGGAAACCUAUGAGUUGUCGAGUAGCCAGUUUAUGGUAUAGAGCUCCAGAGCUUAUUUUGGGGGUUACAAACUAUGGUGUAGGUAUCGACCUAUGGAGCACUGGUUGCCUUCUAGGUGAAUUACUGUCUGGGCAGCCUAUAAUGUCCGGGUGCACACAAGUGGAGCAAUUGCACAAGAUUUUCAAGCUCUGUGGAUCCCCAUCUGAGGCAUAUUGGAGGACAGCAAAACUCUCAUAUGCAAAUGCAAGCUUGUUUAUGCCUCAAUACCCGUAUAAGCGAUGCAUAGUCAAGACUUUCAAAACUUUUUCGCCAUCCUCGUUGAGAUUGAUGGAAAUACUUCUGGCAAUUGAUCCGGUUGAGCGCCAAACUGCUACUGCUUCGUUGAAGAGUGAGUUUUUCACAGUCAAACCAUCCAUAUGCCAAUAAUGGUCUCAAAAGUUCGGCACUUAUCGUUCAGCAGCAUUUUUCCAUCCCAUUGGCGCUCAUAGUUCUUUGAAAUAUGACGUUGUUGUAAUACAAACUCAACAUACGUUAAGCAUGUCAGUUGUUGUAAUAUGACGUUGCAGUAGGAUGUGGAAAUGAGUAAAAAAAAAUGAAAUAAAUUUUUACCCUUAGUUUAA